AUGGACUUUUAUGAAUCUCAUGCAUUGGCAAAAGACUGUGCAGAUCUAUACAUGAAAGGAAAGAGGAAGAAUGGAGUUUAUGAAAUUGAUCCAGAUGGCCAGGGCAGUUUCAAUGUUUUCUGUGAUAUGACAACAUCUAGUGGAGGUUGGACUGUGUUUCAACGUCGUCAAGAUGGAAGUGUAGACUAUCGAGAUUGGAGGGAUUAUAAGAAUGGUUUUGGUGAUCUGAAAGGCGAAUUCUGGCUUGGAUUGGAUAAAAUAUACAGACUAACAUCAGCAAGGAGAAAUAAACUUCGUGUUGACCUUGGAGACUGGUCAGGAAACAAAGCAUAUGCUGAAUAUGAUUAUUUUGCUGUAGAGAAUGAAGCAAAUAAAUAUAAGUUGAGUCUUGGUGCAUAUUCUGGAAAUGCUAGCAAUUCAUUAUCUUGUCAUAAAGCCAAGGCGUUUUCAACAAAAGAUUCAAAUAAUCAUCAAAGUGCAGGAAACUGUGCCACUGACUGGAAAGGAGCUUGGUGGUAUUGUUAUGAUAACUAUUGUUAUGACUCUAACCUGAAUGGACACUACUAUAGUGGCAACCAAAACAAUUACAAAGGUGUGACUUGGCGACAAUGGAAAGGUGGUAAAUCCUUAAAGUUCACUGAGAUGAAAAUAAAACCAUAAAGAAUUUCCAAAGCUGUAAUGUCAUAAAUUUGAUCACUAUUUCUAAUGAAACUUUCAACAUAUAAUAACAAAAAAUAACUUUUAUGUCUUUUAAAGAUCC